CUACCAUGAACGAACUUGUUCAAGUUGUUGAGCCUUGACUCUGAGGGCGCCAGACGCGCCAAUCAACAUCGACGUUGACAUCAUGUUUCUGAAGCACAAAACAUGUUCUGAAGCUAGGUACUUCUAAGAUUCGUAAGAAGAAGCUCGACGAAGGAUGAGGAAGCCCGCCAGCGACAGCUUACGUCUCUUCUACAGCACUUGUGUGCAGCAUUGCGCCUGUGAAUGAGCAGCUUCUUGGGGUUUCAGCGAUGGGCUCUGCCACGGAUUCAAUAAGAGAGGAGCUGAUUGAAAGCCUCAGACCGGAAUGCGCUGUUUGCUUGCUCCCGUACGAUGAUGGGGGAAGGAUUCCUCGAUUGCUUUCCUGCGGGCACUCCAUCUCUCAGGAUUGUGCGGACCUGCUCAUUGAUUCAAACUACAGUCCUGCCGGGGGGGAUGCAUACGUGGGGUUUGGCAGGGGUGAUUCCGCUCCUCAGGACACUCCUCAAGGCUCGGGGCUUCCCAGCAUUCCGCCCGAAGGCCUAGGGAAGAUCGUGGGAGCGAGGUUUGGCGUUGUCAAGUGCCCCGAGUGCAAUCAGCGCACCAAGGUGCCGGCCAAGGGCGCACGGGGCCUGGCCAAGAACAUUGAACUGCUGAGGAUCAUUAGCAAGCUGGAGGGGAAUGAUGGCAGUGCUAAGGCGAGGAAGGCGGACCUGGAGCGCAAGGUAAACUGGGCAAGAGAGAUUAUGUCCCAAAAUGGGGCUGAUACCGGGGCUUUGCAGAACAGUGUAAACGAGUUGGGCGAGGGCACCCCAGGGACCGAUUCUAACCAGGGGGCGCGAUCGGAGCCGUCCGGCAGCGGUCAAGAGGAAGCAGUGCCGGAAAGGGAAGAGAGCGAAGAGAUCCAGACAGACGCAGACAGCACCUCGCUGUCGCCAAGCGGAGGCUCCGGAUCUGAGCUCUUCCAGAGCGCCCGGGAGGGCCCUGAACUGGCGGUGCCGUCGACCGCGCCCUCCGUCGAUACGCUGAGGAGUGCGUUUGAGGCAGGGAGGGAACAGCAGGCUCUGGGCAGUGACGAGCCGGAGACUGCGGAGGCCAGAGUCGGGCAAGAUGAGAUUGCGGAGUUGCAAACUUCGCCUGCAAGGAGAGCCCCUCCCCCUCUGGAAAUUCCGCAGGUGCCCCAGUCGGGGGCCUCAGUUGCGGCCGUUGAUCAAAACGGGGAAGAUCCCGAAGCAGCUUCGGCACCAGAGGGAGCGCAGUCACGACCGCUGACGGGGCUCCACGGCAUGAUCUGCGGGCACCAGGACAGCGUCUCAGCGCUCGCCGUGGUGGCCGACCAGUGGCUGUGCAGUGCGUCGUUUGACCGCACGGUGCGCGUGUGGUCCCUGGCCGACGGUGCCCCGCACGGCGUGCUCCAGGGGCACCAGCACCGCAUCAUGGCGCUCGCCACUGUGUCUCUGCUGCCGGAGGAGUCGGCCGGCGUGGAUGAGGAUGGCAUCAUCUGCGGCAACGGCAGGAUCAUCGAUAACUACGUUGGUGGGCCAGACGUGGUAGCGGGCAUUCCGCGCGGGGCGGAUCUGCUGGUGAGCGCAGACUACGGGGGCCAGAUCAAGGUGUGGUCCGUCAUCCGGGACACGAGCGUUGUGCGCGGCCCGGGAGAGUCCCCCGAGGGCGAGGACAAGCCGGGCGUGUCACCCGGAGAGCCGUGCCCUGGGCCAGGGAAGUUGCUGGCGUCCUGGGAUGCGCACGUGGACUGGAAGUACUUUGGUGUGCUGGCGCUGGCAGUAGCAGAGGGGAAAGUGCUGUACAGCGGGGCGGGAGACCGCACCAUCCGCGCAUGGAGCCUGGGGGCGGGCGGGGUGCCGCUGGGGGGCUUGCUGGGGGUGCUGGAGGGCCAUACGGGGCCUGUGUCAGCGCUGGCAGUGGACGGGGAGUUGCUGUACAGCGGGAGUUGGGACGGGUCUGUGCGUGGGUGGUGGCGCGAGGACCACACCCCCGUGGCUGUGGUCCAGGCAGGGCCAGGGCCCGGCGUGCGCUGCCUCUCCAUGGUGGGGCCCAGGCUGGUGGCGGGCAGGGACGACGGCACGCUGCAGGCGUGGGUGGAGGGCCAGCCCGAGAGCGAGCAGCGGCGCGCGCACGGCGGCGUGGUGGCCACCAUGUGCACGUGGGGGCCGUUCCUAUACACGGGCAGCUGGGAUGGCGUCAUCCACGUGUGGCGGGCCGACGCGCCAUUUGGAAACGAGGCCCCCCUUGCGAGCAUCCACGUGGAGGGAGGACCGCUGGCGGUGGUCCACUCUCUGGUGGCAGCGAGGGGGCGGCUGUUCAGUGCGCAUCUCGAUACGGCGAUCAAGGUCUGGACCGAAGCAAGAUCGUGAUGCGUGUAGGAGAAUGGAACGAUAAGCCGUCCAGAUUGAUAAAGUGGACAUAGAGUAACAUAGUAUUAAUGUUGGGCUGACCUCUAAGUUGUUGUUAAAAGCACUAGGGGCUUGCAAAAUCAACAUCGUUUUUGACUGCUUUGGAUCGAUGCCACGGUCCAGGCAGUAAGGGAAACUGCUAGUUAGUUUUUGUCACGGCUUCGUAUAGGAAGUGCCGCUGUGUGAGUUUGCCAUGUUGUGAUCGACCCCGGCACAAGAUAGACCGGCUCGUGCUUGGUCGAGACCGCGAGCUGGUAUUCAUUGUUCUACGCAACUGUCCACUGAGUCUCAAUUUUCAAUGAUGGUCCACAUCCCU